CAGUGCGCCUGUAGACGCGUAUUGUCCAGGACACAUAACACACUAUCGGGGGUAAUCGCUUCGUAAUCUGAAGACAGGCGCUAAAGCUUCUGUUUAAGUUCUUUGACCUGUUCAUAGCCUCGAUUCGACCGAAACGUUGCCGACAAACACCGAUUCGCUCGAUGAGGAGGGAUCCCCAAGGAGGGUAUUCGGUCCACCCGUGGUCUGGUGGGUCCGGUCCUACGGAGAAUAUGUGGGAUGAAGUUGAUUUGUCUACACCAGCGAAGUAUGGCGCUGUCAUUGCUGUGACAGUGAUCUGCUUUAUUCUAUUGAGAAAAUGGAUAGCUGGUGGUGUGUGUCGAUGUUCAGUCCGACUGGAGGGCAAGACAGUGCUCAUCACUGGUGCCAACACUGGGAUCGGAAAGGAGACGUCCCGUGACAUGGCACAUCGAGGGGCAAGGGUGGUCAUGGCAUGCCGUGACUUGACGCGGGCUGAGAAAGCAGCAGAAGAAAUCCGCCAUUCCACGGGAAAUGGCAACGUUGUGGUCCGCCACCUAGACCUGGCCUCGCUGUACUCCGUCAGGGAGUUCACCAAGGAGUUCCUCGCCAGUGAGGAGCGUCUGGACAUACUAAUAAACAACGCAGGUGUGAUGAUGUGCCCUAAGUGGAUAACAGAGGAUGGCUUUGAGACACAACUGGCUGUCAAUCACUUGGGGCACUUCCUGCUGACCAAUCUCCUUCUGGACAAGCUCAAAAGCUCCGCCCCCAGCCGGGUGGUGAAUGUGUCCAGCAUUGCACACCGAGGGGGAAAGCUCCAGUUUGAUGAUCUGUUCUUCAACAAGAGGCCAUACAACUCUCUGGUCAGCUACAGACAGAGCAAACUCGCCAAUGUGCUGUUCUCCAGAGAGUUGUCCCGUAGGAUGAAAGGUAAACACAAAGACGUCACACACUGGGACAGGGGUGACAUCCUACAGUCUGCACCCGGGGGUGAUCAAGACGGAGCUGGGCCGUCACGUGGAGAGCUGGUUCCCCAUGCUGAGGGCCAUCCUGUCGGCUCCCUCGAUGCUCCUGAUGAAGACCCCCUCCCAGGGGGCCCAGACCUCCAUCUACUGUGCUGUCACCCCUGGACUGGAGCCCCAGUCUGGCUGCUACUUCAGUGAUUGCGCUGUGAAACAGACAGCCCCUGAAGGAAGAGAUGAUGUAGUGGCCAUGAGACUCUGGGAGGAUAGCGCCCGCCUGGUGGGAUAUACUGAGAAAAACUGAACUUUGACCCAAGGAACUCAGGGUACCGCAAAAACUCUAGCCGACACGCCAGGACUGGAACCUGAAUCUCAAUCCUCUCACCCACUACUUUAAUCCCACAUUACUGUAAACUAUGGCUGAAUUUACAUAUAAACGAAGACUCUGUGACACUUGCCUCUAUAUUGCUACAGGGGAGACAUUUUCCAUUCUGUUACAUUGUAGGUUAUGAUUCAGAUAAGGGAUAGUAUAUAAAUGUUAUUGUAAAUACAGGAUUAAUGCUGCCUUGACAUAGGUAAUUUUUAGAGAUCUUUGUGGGUAUCAGGUUGUUAGAUGCCAUAAAAAAAACCUUUUGACAUUGUUGGUAGAAUUUGAUAUGGAAAUAAAUGAUUUGUUUACUAAUUGAUCAUUUAAAUUACAUUAUGUUGAUGGCCAUUAAAAUGUCUGUUUUGGUGUUCUGUGUUCUUAAUUAAUUUAAUGGAGUUGACCCCAGGUUAUGGUAGAACAUCAGUUCCAGGGACUGUAAUACUGUGUAUUUGUCAUGUUUUUACCACCAGAGGGCAGAAAAGUCUGCCAAUAAAACAAAUAUUUUCCAUCAAGAUUUCUACCAGAAAAUAAGGUCCUGGAGUUAAGAUUUAAUGUUACUAGAAUAUCCAAAACAGACAGAAAUGUUUUCACUCAGACAGAAAAUUAUACAAAGUAGUAGACAUUUUUAUACUUGACGGCCUAUUAACCACUUUCAAACAAAGUAUGCGAUUUAAUUUCUUUGAACUAUUAGUUCAAAUUAACACAUCAACACAUCAAUUUCAACUGGUUUUAGUUGAAAUGGUCAUGAAGACUAAAUGUGAGAAUUAAUGAACAACAAGCAACAGAGAGGCAGUAGUGCUGUUACUGUUGUGCUGCUUCAUGCUGAAGAGAGGAAAGUCCAUGAACUGUGAACCCAAGCCCUAAUCUUGUUAAACAAUCAGGCUCUUUCACCUUCAGAGGCUUCCAGGUCCUGUGGCCACCCUAACUGAGGAGCUUGACCUGUCACGAUUGGUUAACCAGCAACAGCUGACAGAGGUCAAAGCUCACGUCAAAGAUGAGUGGUCGUCGUGGGGCAGUGGGGGGUUUACUCUGCAGAAACCUUUGUCAAAAUAUUUUUCAGAGAUACUGGCCACUUGUAUGAGGAUGCCCGAAAGCGAGACAAACAGAUCAACCUUCUCUACUAUUUAAAACCAAAUCUUAAGUAUGGAAAGCUACAAGCCAAUAGGCUGUGGCUCAGUUUAAGUCCAGGAAAGUCUAUUACAUCGGCUUUUCGGGUGAACAGGGUGUUUGUUCUGCUUAGAGAAACAGUUCUAAAGUACAUUAAAUUGCACAGGCUCGGGGCAAAAUGUAAUUUCCCCAUGACUGCCUGACUGGAAAAACACUCAAACAAUCAACAGUAAAUCUAUAUGCAAUUCGCUGAGCUCCACUCAAAACAUACUGUAUCACCUCAUUAUCCAGGCUGAUGCUUGAGACAAUAGAAAAGCUCUUAUGUUAUAUAUCCGCUGUUGGGCAUUUAGAUGCUGACCUCAAUGCCUCUUUGCUCAACCCUAAACGUAUGAUAUUCUCAUUCAGGACCCUGGACAGUAGCCCACAUAAUGGCCUCAGAUCAAUGACUGAGUGCCAUGUGCGGAGCCCCUCAGAGUAGCUGUAUGCAAGUUCUCUCUGUUUGCAUCUCUCCCCCUCUCUCUCCCUCCCUCAGCCCCAGAAGGCCUAUGUGUUCUGGGCUAAUGCAGUCUGGUGGUGUGGGAACAUUGAUCAGGCUGGGGGGCAUUAGUGAAGGUAAUGAGGAUGGCACCAGCUAGCCACUUACCUCUUACUUUUAUAACCUCCUGUCUGGCUUCUGCACUC